GACGGUCACUGCAAAAUACAUAGCCUGCGCCCAGCCGUCAGAGAUUAAAGCCCUACAUAGUUUCCAAUAAUAUAUUUAGUGAAGAACAGUGCGCAACGUAGCAAUGAAUCACGAGCAUGAAUAUUGAAUGUAAAAUUAAUAUCUUAUGUUAAACGGUGAAAGUCCAUACUUUCUGCUCGUGCAUUUAAUUUGCAUAUCAAUUAGGUCUAUGUUGAAAAUCAUCCCCGAAAGGGUUACAUAUUGAAAAGAGGCGGGGCCAAAGCCUUGACGGAGAGCCCUGUUUAGCCCAGUCAACAAUAGAAGGGGCGUGGCCUGUUUCAGAGGGGCUGAGCGGCUAGGAUGAAAAGGGAGUAUUCUUAACCCUGUGAGACCAAAUGAGGUAGCUCCUCUGAAUGCUUGACGGAACGCAUCAGUAUGACGUUGUCGGGCUACAGGUGCUAGUAGGGCGGGACCCAACAGACGGAGAAUAGGGGAGAGGAUCACUCUAGAGAGGGGGAGAGAGAGCGAGCGAGAGAGAGAGAAAAAGAGACUGUGGCGAUGCAUGCACAAUAAACACCGCUGCAGGUACGCGUCUAGCCUUCUAUAGCUUGCUGUCUCACGUCGGGAAGACCCGUCUCCUCCCCGGGAGACAUUCACUCUCUCCUCCACCAUGUCUGGCGGAGAUGUCCGCGUUCUCCGCCAAGAGGCUGGGCAAGAGAGCCCGAGGAUGCCGGCCUGGAAACGAGAGAUCCUCGAGCGAAGGAAAGCUAAAGGUAGCGGGUCUGGAGGAGCAGGUGCCGUUUCCGAGGUUUGUCCAUCUGGGAGCUCACAGCGGGUUAACGGUAGCGAAGUCACGGGCAACGAAAGUGGACUCAAAACAGACAAUGGGACGAGUGCUACUGGGUCCAGUCGGGGCUUCACGAUCAGCACGGCCAAUCAGCACUUCGGAGGCAAGCGUGGCACCCUCGCAUCCCCAGACCUAUCGCCGUUGAAAACAAACAAAGACCCAUGGGUGUCUGCUGGUGAUCUCCACGACACCUCGGAGACCACGGAGAAAGAAUGCGUAGGACCAGAGAGCUUGGUUCUGCAUGACAGUUUGGGCCCUUUGCAGGAAAACCCCUUCAUCAAACUGGAGAAGGAAAGGAAAAGGCAACAGGACAGGGUGAACUCGGCUCGUCCCGUCCAGCACAUACUAGAACUGUACGGGAGCGUUCCGGGAAUUCGGACUAUUCGUGCAGACAAUAUCAUAAUAAUAGAAUCCGACCCAGACUACUAUCAGGAAGCUGGGUCCAAAUUGCAACAAAAUGGUGUCAGUAGUUAUAGCUCCCUUAACGAUCUCUUGGACCGGAGAGGGAGCGGAGUGACUGAGAUAAGGGCCAGGGAGGUGGUCAUUUAUGACACCACAUUAAGUAAGAGCGAGGAGAACCUUAGCACUCUGGGCCGUAACGAUUAUGAUUACUCGCCCUAUGACACGGAGGAGGGACAUGGUAGGGUGAGCCGGAUGCUUCAGAAGUUUGACAGUAAUUAUGGAAAACUGCACAAGAAAUCCCAAAGCAUCGAUGACCUGCUGGGCCUGGACUCCAUCCCCGGUAGCCAACACAGGGCCCGACCGAAGCCACAGCCACACCUGGUGCCAAAGCCCUAUGCGGUGCACCCCCAACCAGGCUCACCGGUUCGCAACCUGGGCAAGACCCACUCUCUGGCUGCCUUCCAGACCGGCGGCCACCAGUCUUCCAGGUCAAAGCCCUCGCCAACCGCCACCGACGCUCUGAAGGACGAGGUCCCGUCGGGACCCCCGCCAUCAGAACCAACCCCGACGGGACCCCCCCCGUCGGUGUCUUCCUACCGCCAGCACUUCGAGGACGGCGGUGCUGAUGUCAACCAACGAGACGAGACCAACGGGGGUCUUCAGUCCCCCCGGCCCGCCAGGCAGAGGGACAGGGAGUCCUCUGGGGAGUCGUCCCCCAAACCCAAGGUGCCACGCUCCCCGGACCCCCGGCGGGCCGCCGGCGCCGAGUCGCCUACGGGCGCCGCCUCUCCCAGGGUGCAACGCUCCCCCGGGUUUGAGAUCCGGCCCACGGCCAAACCGGACCUCUCCCUGAUCCCCGAGGGCGACUCCACGGCCAGGGCGCUGGCCAACCUGCGCCUGCAGUCCCGGAACACCUUCACGGUCAUCCCCAAACGCCAUGGCGCCCCGCCGCCCGCCUCCUCGCCCGCCGCCUCCUUCCCCAAGCACCCCCCCACCCAGUGGGCCGAAGAGGAGCCCCGAGUGCCAACGGCCCCCGCUCCUGUCACGCCGCCGGCGAGGCAAACGGACGAGGACGAGGACGAGGAGCUGCUGAUGGGGAGGCCAUCGCCCAGCCCCACCAACACCACCACCGACGUCCCCAAAUCGCCCUCUCCCGCCCGUCUCCUGACGACCUCCCCCUCUCCCCCCCCGGCCGUCUCGCCCCCUCCGUCCCCCGUCCCGUCCGUCUCCCCGCCGGGCCUGUCCCCGGUCCCGUCCGACCCCGACCCGGCCGGGGAGUUCCUGCCGGUGACCAACAUCGACGACAUCGAGGUGGAGCGGCCCCCCGCGCCCAGCCCCAUGAUGCAGAAGACCAAGGGCAACACCUUCAGGGUGGUGCCCAAACGCAAGGCGGAGAGCACCACCACCACCACAGACUCCCCGGACCACCCACCCGAUCCCACCUCCUCAUCCUCCCCGGCGUCCGGUGGGGUCCGGCCGGGCCCCGCCGCCCCCGCCACCCCCCCGGCUCCCUACUCGCAGCUGGGCACCCUGCUGAAGAAGCGCUACCCCGCGGCGGACGAGAUUGAGGUCGUCGGAGGCUACCUCUCCCUGGGGAAGUCCUGCCUGGCCAAGACGGGCUCGGCCGGCAAGAAGAUCUCGUUCAACGAGUCGAGCCUCCAAAGCACCUACGAGUACCCCUCCGAGAGCACCGCCUGGGACAGCGACGGCGAGGACGAGGAGGAGGGCGGGGUCGGGCCCGAGGUGGCGGACGACCAGCCCAGCAUGGUGGGACGCAUCCACAUCCCCCGGCCUAGCUUCACCGGCCCCGCAGGCCACUCCACCAACAGCAACGACUUAUCCAACUACAUUCCCAAGCAUUCGGUGGAUUACAACACCUGGCAAGAACACAAAAUGGACGACCCCGCUCACCUGAGGGAAGCCAACGCACAGCAAACCGGGAUUUCAGAGGAAGUCAUGCUCACCCCAGCGGACACCUCCUCCCUGUCUGACUACAGCAGCGAGCCUGCCCUCUACUUCUGAUGCGUCCCUAACCAAGCCACUGUCAAACACAAUCAGCCAACCCGUCACCCCUGGGACCACACCGAGAGGAUGGGAUGGAUUCCACUCCUGUGUCCCUCCUCCCGAUUCCUUUCUGAACUCCACCACCCAGAAGCAGCCGGACUGCCUCUGACUUUGUUAUUCCCGGGCAGUUGAUCUGUCAUCCUCUUUUCCUCCUCUUCCUCCUCCUCUUCAUCUCUCUCCUCCUCCCCCUCUCCCCAUUCAUAGACUUGCUCAUAUGAAGGCAACAAAGUCUUAAAAACACAGGUCGUCAACGAUGAAAUUGAUUGUCAAACUUCUGAACUGAGAGAACUUCCACACUCACUGUGUAUCACUCCCGUCUCGUGGAAGUCUCCAUAGCUCCCCCUUCUGGCUCCAGACACUCAUGUCUGCCUUGAUGUCUCUCUCUCACUCCCUCACUCUCUCUCGCAUUCACUCUCUCUCUGUCUCUGUCUCUGUCUCUCUGUCUUGCUCAUUUUCUUUCUCUGUCUCUGUCGUUGUCACUCUGUCUCUCUGUCUCUCUGUCUUGCUGUCUGGGAUUGGGAGACCUUGUGUAAAAGAAUGGCGACGAGACUGACUGACUGAAAACGAGUGACCAAAUUCCUUUUUUUUAAGAAGGGGAAACCACUAGUGCCCAUCUUGUACAGGUGACGACAGUGUUAGCAUGGAAACAUGUCAUUGGGGAAGUUAAUGUGUCCGCUAAUAAAUAGCAGAAAAAAAACUCCAUGGUGAACGGGUGCCACAGUUGUAGUUUUGUACCUGCAUGAUCUGAUUCAACCAACCACUCCCAUUGGUUCUCAUUUGCUGUAAUGCUUCUAAUGCCUUUUUUUUUGUUUUUGUAUGUUUUCUUUUGUAGAUGUAUUUGAUUUUGAGUUUUGAUUAUUUCCUGUUUUUUUUGCAUUUGUGGUGGAAAUGUGCAAAAUGUUGAGCGCAGACCAACGUAACACUUUUUGAUGAAAAACCAUGUGGAUUUUUGUUAUGAUUUCUGAGAAAAUUAUGAAUUGUAAAGAGCUUGAAAAGUGCCCUUGGCCAAUACUGUCUAUAUAACUAGUAGCAAAAGACACAUACAGCAAAAUAUCAAAUGCAUACUGUACAAAAGUGAUGUAUAUUCUCGUUAUUCUCUUGUAAACCAUAAUCAUUAUUAUUUGGGGAUUUUGUUGAAAACGUAAGCCCACAACAAUCUUCGAGAGGUUAUUGUAUUUAUUACAACUGUAAGUUGAAUUUUGCAUGUCUGAGACUGUUCAUGUAAAAACUUUUUUUUUCUUUGAUAUUGCUGGUAAACAGAGACACCUGGAGAUGCUUUGAGACUAAAGAUGAAAUGGCACCUGAUUUUUACAAUCAGACCUCAUGUACUCUACACAUUCCACAGAGAAACAAGUCCAUUCCAGGGAUGAAGGAGCAUGUAAUGGUCAUGCAAACUGUGUGUGAGCGAAUGCAACAUGUGGCGAUAUCUGCGUGUGUGCGUGUUUGUAUGUCGUGAGAAAUCCUGACAAAAUUAACUUUUAACUUUUUAUAUACAAGAUUGUUCCAAGUUAUCUUUUUGUUAAACUCAUAAUGCCAAUUGUUUACGUGUUGCUGUAAAGGCCACUACUCACAGACAUUCUCUUCACCAUAAUGUACUCUUUGGCCAGUAUUGAUGUACAGUUGCAAUAUUUCAGCAUAUUUUCCUAAGAAUUAUUUAUUACUUUUAUUAUUCAAAUUGAUUAUAUUCAAAUUGUUUUGGACGGAGUCAAUAUGACUGUACUUUUGGGAGGUAGAAUGCCGUAUUGUAUGUGUUUUGUCUUCAAUCUCAGUCUAUUUCUUUCUCCAUUUGCACUGUUUUUGCUUAUUAGCUUUGUUUUUUGCACCUCAUUGGAAGGAUUAGCAUAGGGAAAAUAAGUGUGCACUUGAAUGCAUGUCUAAUUAAAGAGGUUAGUACAAUAGUGAGAUUAAAUUACACAAAUUACUUUAAUUGCUGUGUAGUCAAAGCACAGAUACAUUCAGCAGUGAUUUUCUUUUGUUUAUAUAGUGAAUCAAAUUUUCUCAAUGCUCGAUUUGUUAAUGAAGUAAAGCUUAUGCUUUUUUCUAUUAAGUACAUAUAGCGUUUUGGAUUGAAAUCUCCAAUCAGACGAUGAAUGCACUGCCGAUGACUACUUGUUUUUGCCACAGCCUUGCAAUGGAUGAUUGUUGGCCUUGUUGUGACGACCUAUAUCCUGCUUCACAACGCAGGAACGAGUCUUUACCACCACUACCCGUGUCCAAAACACAUGUUCACUCACAUUGACGUCAAUUCAAGCAUUGAUUAGAACAUGGCCCUUAUUUUCUUCAGGGUUUAUUUUCUUCGUAUGUGGGUCUCUGUAACUUAAGGGCAUCAGAGGCCAUGUUUGGGGUUGGAAGGUUCCUGUGAUCAUGUCAUGCGUCACAUUCUAUGGCAGCCAUUAUCGGAUGUAAAAUCUGUUGAAUGAGUGCUUGAGAAAUGUAAAAAAGAAAAAGAAAAGGGGAGGUCCCACAGGCCGCUCUCUGCCUUGAUCCGCAGUAUUCACCCAUCCGUCUUUUUCCCAUUUUAAAGUACGCCGUUUGUGUAUGUUCUACUGUAGAGACCGUGGUUUAGAAGCUUUUUCCUGUUCGCCCUCAUCUUUGUCUGUAAAUUUGCAUCGCAAGUGAUGUACUUAAUGUAAAGAAAUGUACUCGUCAAUCACUUUGGCAAACACAAGCAAUGUCACAAUUGUAUAAAUGAAAGCUCAAUAAAUAGAAUACUUGAAUAUGUGCAA